CUCUUGCUGUGUUGUAACAAGCGUUGUAGGAAGCCAUCCUCAGAGAGGCAGACGGGAUGGCUAGCUCAGCCCGGGAGCAUCUGCUUUUUGUGCGACGGCGAAAUCCCCAGAUGCGGUACACACUGAGCCCAGAGAACCUGCAGAGCCUUGCCGCCCAGAGCUCCCUGCCAGAGAACAUGACCCUGCAGCGGGCCAACAGCGACACGGACCUGGUGACUUCAGAGAGCCGCUCCAGCUUGACUGCCAGCAUGUAUGAGUACACGCUGGGGCAAGCCCAGAACCUCAUCAUCUUCUGGGAUAUUAAAGAGGAGGUGGACCCCAGUGAUUGGAUCGGACUUUAUCAUAUAGAUGAGAAUUCUCCAGCCAACUUCUGGGAUUCUAAAAACAGGGGUGUGACAGGAACACAAAAAGGGCAAAUUGUAUGGAGAAUUGAGCCUGGGCCCUAUUUCAUGGAACCGGAGAUAAAAAUCUGUUUCAAAUACUACCACGGCAUUAGUGGAGCCCUGCGGGCCACGACCCCCUGCAUCACCGUGAAGAACCCAGCUGUGAUGAUGGGGGCAGAAGGCAUGGAAGGAAGUGCUUCAGGAAACCUACAUUCUCGGAAGCUUGUGAGCUUUACACUGUCAGACCUUAGGGCAGUUGGUCUAAAGAAAGGGAUGUUCUUCAAUCCUGACCCUUAUCUUAAGAUGUCCAUUCAGCCAGGAAAGAAAAGCAGUUUCCCCACCUGUGCCCACCAUGGGCAGGAGAGAAGGUCUACUAUCAUCAGUAACACCACCAAUCCCAUUUGGCACCGAGAGAAAUAUUCGUUUUUUGCAUUGCUUACUGAUGUCUUAGAAAUUGAAAUUAAAGACAAAUUUGCCAAGAGCCGUCCCAUCAUCAAGCGUUUCCUGGGGAAACUAACCAUUCCCGUGCAGAGGCUGCUGGAGCGACAAGCCAUCGGAGAUCAAAUGCUCAGCUACAACCUUGGCAGGAGGCUUCCAGCUGACCACGUGAGCGGGUACCUCCAGUUUAAAGUAGAGGUUACGUCUUCUGUUCAUGAAGAUGCUUCUCCAGAAGCCGUUGGCACAAUACUGGGAGUCAAUACUGUAAACGGAGACCUGGGGAGCCCUUCAGAUGAUGAGGACAUGCCCGGGAGUCCGAUUUGUGCUAACGGGCCGAUUUCCGAGGAAAGUGCUGCCGACGGGACCCCCAAGCAUUCUUUCAGGACUAGCUCCACUCUGGAAAUAGACACAGAGGAACUCACCUCCACUUCCUCACGGACCUCACCUCCCCGUGGACGCCAGGAUUCACUCAAUGAUUACUUAGAUGCUCUGGAGCACAAUGGCCCUUCCAGGUCUGGGGCGGCAGCUUGCUCCGAGAGGCCCAUGGGAGCCUCUCCCAAACUAAGGAGUAGUUUUCCCACUGACACGAGACUCAAUGCAAUGCUUCAUAUUGAUUCAGAUGAAGAAGACCACGAGUUCCAGCAAGACCUGGGUUACCCAUCAUCCUUGGAGGAGGAAGGGGGGCUGAUUAUGUUCAGCAGGGCAUCGAGAGCAGAUGACGGGAGCCUGGCAUCCCAGACAAAGCCAGAGGACACCCCAGUUGAGAAUGGGGAAGCCUCUGUGCAGGAUGCUGCUUCCAUGGAGGAGAAGCCAGAAAAUCCUCCAGAGCUUGCAGAUAGCACCUUGGCCCCAGGCCCUGCCCCAGAGGAAAGUGAAACUGGCCCAGAGCCUCUACCCGGUGCUGACCAUGGCAGCUCCGAACUGUGUGGCUCUCAGGAGGUAGACCAGCCCACAAGUGGGGCAGACACAGGGACUUCUGACACGUCCGGGGGUAGCCGAAGAGCCAUCAGUGAGACUGAGUCCCUUGACCAGGGCUCUGAACCUUCCCAGGUGUCCUCUGAAACAGAACCCAGUGACCCUGCCCGGACAGAGAGUGUGAGCGAAGCGAGCACCAGGCCCGAGGGCGAGAGUGACCUGGAAGGCGCGGACAGCUCCUGCAAUGAGAGCGUGACCACACAGCUGUCCUCGGUGGAGACACGGUGCUCCUCUCUGGAGAGUGCACGGUAUCCUGAAACUCCAGCUUUUUCUUCUCAGGAGGAGGAAGAUGGAGCCUGUGCCGUGGAGCCCACCAGUGGUGGCCCUGCCGAAGGGUCGCAGGAUUCCAUAUGCACACCUGUUCCUUUACCUGUGGUUCAGGUGCCUGGUGGGGAAGAGGAAGGACCAGGGGCAGAAUCAGCCACGUCACCUGCCCAGGAGGAGCUGGGGGAGGUCUGGCAGCGAAGGGAGAGCCUGGAAGGAGCCGCUGCAGGUGCUGAGAGCCAGCCGCAAGGAGAGGACGAUGCUGGGGAUGCCCACAGCACUUGCGAAGGGGCCACUGCCCAGGAGGAGGGUGCUACUGGAGGUUCUCAAGCCAACGGCCACCAGCCCUUGCGGUCACUACCUUCAGUGCGCCAGGAUGUUAGCCGGUACCAGAGGGUGGAUGAGGCUCUCCCACCAAACUGGGAGGCUCGCAUCGACAGCCACGGCAGGAUCUUCUAUGUGGAUCACGUCAACAGGACCACAACGUGGCAGCGGCCCACGGCUCCCCCGGCCCCACAGGUGCUGCAGAGAUCCAACUCCAUCCAGCAAAUGGAGCAGCUGAACCGGCGCUAUCAGAGUAUCCGCAGAACCAUGACUAACGAGAGGCCUGAGGAAAAUAGCAACGCUAUCGAUGGGGCAGGGGAGGAGGCGGACUUUCACCACGCCAGUGCAGAUUUCCGACGGGAGAACGUCUUGCCCCACUCUACCUCGAGAUCCAGGCUCACGUUACUGUUACAGUCUCCCCCUGUGAAGUUCCUCAUCAGCCCAGAGUUCUUCACCGUGCUGCAUUCUAACCCUAGUGCCUACCGCAUGUUUACAAACAACACGUGUUUGAAGCACAUGAUCACCAAAGUCCGGCGGGACACCCACCACUUUGAACGCUACCAGCAUAACCGGGACCUUGUAGGAUUCCUCAACAUGUUUGCGAACAAACAGCUGGAGCUGCCAAGGGGCUGGGAAAUGAAACAUGAUCAUCAGGGCAAGGCAUUUUUCGUCGACCACAACUCCCGUACUACCACUUUCAUUGAUCCUCGGCUCCCACUUCAGAGCAGCAGACCCACGAGUGCACUGGUUCAUCGGCAACACCUGACGAGGCAACGCAGUCACAGUGCCGGUGAGGUGGGAGAAGAUUCUCGCCAUGCAGGACCACCAGUUCUUCCCAGGCCAUCCAGUACAUUCAAUACAGUCAGCAGGCCACAGUACCAGGACAUGGUUCCAGUGGCUUAUAAUGACAAGAUUGUUGCAUUUCUCCGUCAACCCAAUAUCUUUGAAAUUCUACAGGAGCGUCAACCUGAUCUCACUAGGAAUCACUCACUCAGGGAGAAGAUCCAGUUUAUCCGCACUGAAGGGACCCCAGGGCUGGUGCGUCUCUCAAGUGAUGCAGACCUGGUGAUGUUGCUCAGUUUAUUUGAAGAAGAGAUAAUGUCGUAUGUGCCUCCACAUGCCUUACUCCACCCCAGCUACUGUCAAUCCCCCCGCGGCUCCCCGGUGUCAUCUCCCCAGAACUCACCAGGUACUCAGCGUGCCAACGCCCGUGCUCCAGCCCCUUACAAACGAGAUUUUGAAGCCAAACUGAGGAACUUUUACAGAAAGUUAGAGACAAAAGGAUAUGGACAAGGCCCAGGGAAAUUAAAAUUAAUUAUCCGCAGAGAUCAUCUAUUAGAAGAUGCUUUCAAUCAGAUUAUGGGCUACUCCAGAAAAGACCUGCAGAGAAACAAGCUGUAUGUUACCUUUGUCGGGGAGGAAGGGCUAGAUUACAGUGGACCUUCCAGGGAAUUUUUCUUCCUGGUAUCCAGAGAACUCUUUAACCCAUAUUAUGGCUUAUUUGAAUAUUCAGCAAAUGACACAUACACAGUACAAAUAAGUCCCAUGUCUGCUUUUGUAGACAAUCACCACGAAUGGUUUCGGUUCAGUGGUAGGAUCCUUGGUCUUGCACUAAUACACCAGUAUUUGUUGGAUGCCUUUUUCACACGACCCUUUUAUAAGGCUCUUCUCAGAAUUCUGUGUGACCUGAGUGAUCUGGAAUACCUUGAUGAAGAGUUCCAUCAGAGCCUGCAGUGGAUGAAAGACAAUGACAUCCAUGACAUCCUGGACCUCACGUUCACUGUGAAUGAAGAAGUUUUUGGGCAGAUUACUGAACGAGAAUUAAAGCCAGGGGGUGCCAAUAUCCCAGUGACAGAGAAGAACAAGAAGGAAUACAUCGAGAGGAUGGUGAAGUGGAGGAUUGAAAGGGGUGUUGUACAACAAACAGAGAGCCUAGUGCGUGGCUUCUAUGAGGUGGUGGAUGCCAGACUGGUGUCUGUUUUUGAUGCGCGAGAACUAGAAUUGGUCAUCGCAGGCACAGCUGAAAUAGACCUAAGUGACUGGAGAAACAACACGGAAUAUAGAGGAGGAUAUCAUGACAAUCAUAUUGUAAUUCGGUGGUUCUGGGCUGCAGUGGAAAGAUUCAACAAUGAACAACGACUAAGGUUGUUACAGUUUGUUACCGGCACAUCCAGCAUUCCCUAUGAAGGAUUUGCUUCUCUCCGAGGGAGCAAUGGCCCUAGAAGAUUCUGUGUGGAGAAAUGGGGGAAAAUUACUGCGCUUCCCAGGGCUCAUACUUGUUUUAACCGUCUGGAUCUGCCCCCAUAUCCAUCCUUUUCCAUGCUUUAUGAAAAACUCUUGACAGCAGUUGAAGAGACCAGUACCUUUGGACUUGAGUGACCUGGAAGCGCAAUGUCCAGUUCUUUAUGUAAUUUCAGCAAUUUUGGGAACUGCCCUCUAGAAGAAUUACUGAACAUUCGUUUCAAGAGUGCACUUCAAUUGGAGUGAAGCUGAGUGCUGUUAUAUUGCAGGAACAUGUGCCCUAUCACAUUUGAGGACUGGUGAUGAGUCUUCUUGCUAGGCUUUGGGUGAGCUUGAUGCCCAGGGAACAGCCCAACCGUCUUUCAAUCAACAGUUCUUGACUGCCAAACUUUUUCCAUUUGUUAUGUUCCAAGACACAGAUGAACCUGUACGUGAUCAGCUAGUUCCAUGGUAAUUUUUAGGGACUCAGGAGAAUCUUGAAACUUACCCUUGAACAUGCUUCAAGCCAAACUGGCAGCACUUGGCCCACUCUCCAAAUUAGUGCAAGUUAUAUAAUAUAAUAAAAACAGCUAUAUUUCAUGAAAGUACAUUCAGUUAAGCCCUAAGUUAUAAACAGAAUAUUCUUUUCUUGCUUAUGAGUGCCUGCAUGGUGUGCACCAUAGGUUUCAGCUUUCAUGGGACACGAGUGAAAAUGAAACCGUCAUUAUGAGGUAACUUAAAAGAUUUGCAAUAAGGUGGUCUGUGACAAUGUAUAUGCAAGUGGUAUAUGUGUAAUUAUGACUGAAGACAAACUUAUUCAAUGAAUUACUAAUGACAGAUUUUAUGCUUUAUAAUGCAUGAAAAAAUUAAAUAUAACUAGCAAUUAAUCACAGCAUAUCAGGAAAAAGUACAUGGUGAGUUCAUUUUGUAAUAGGUUCAUUAUAUUUAUGUUCUUUAAGAUGUAUAUAAGAACCUACCUAUCAUACUGUAUGUAUAACCUGUUUCAUUUCCAUGUUCCACACUUACUCGGGCAUCAUACUAGUAUGUAUUCUUUUAAGCACUCUCAAGGGAACAAAAGGGCCUUUUAUUUUUAUAAAGGUUAAAAAACUCCCCGAAAUAUUUUGCACUGAAUGUACCAAAGUUGAGGGAUAUUACAAUAUGAGUAACAGCAACUCCAUCACUUGACAAGUAUAAUAGAAAAUAGCUUCUAAAUCAAACUUUCUUCACAGUGCCAUGUCUACCACUACAAGGACUGUGCAUCUAAGUAAUAAUUUUUUAAGACUCACUAUAUGUGAUAGUAUGAUAUGCAUUUAUUUAAAAUGCAUUAGACUCUUUUCCAUCCAUCAGAUACUUUACCGGAUGGCAUUUAAUACUGAUAUUUCGUAUUUUCCCCACUGCUUUUUAUUUGUACAGCAUCAUUAAACACUAAGCUCAGUUAGGGAGUCAUCAGCAACACUGAGGAGAUCAGUUCUCUUUAGUAAUAAGAAUCCCAUUUUCUCUCAUCAGUGAAGACAUCAUGAAUUGAAACUCUUAGCACUAUAUUUCUAAGCCUGCAUUUUCACUGAUGGCAUAGUUUUCUUAUCAGUAUCAGGAAACAGUUUUUCUAUGGAAUCUUUAAAACUGCAUGACAUCAGUAACCUUAUUUCUGCUUAAUUUUAUGACAGGGUAUAUCCUGUUUUAAUUGCUUUUGGGAUUACCCCACCUCAUUGUUUAUUUCUUAAUGUAUGGCCAUAACUAAUCAGACGCACAAUACAGUGAAGUUAAAUUGAGGGUAGUAGAAUCAUUGGAUUGACAUUCGGUUUUCCAGCCUAUGGGUUUACAGGCAUUGCUUACACAUUUCUUUAAGAAUUAAGUUUCUAAGUAGCCAUGGAAUUCCCAUUAUGGAAUGUUGGCAAUAUUACAUUUUAUAGGGAUCAUAUACAUAGUUUGCUUAGGUGUUUUGUAAGAACUGAUUGCUCUCCUGUGGGCUAUAUUAUGUUUAUUGUUGGGACCUUUAAGAAGAAUAUCACUCAUGUUGCAUUCCUGCAUUAGAGGCAGGUACUUCAGUGUAGGGGAAUGUUCUGAAGAAGAAAAAAAGGUUACAGAUAUCUGGAAAUAAAAAGGGGAAGAUUUAUUGGUAUACCAUAAUUGGAUAACUAAAAGGGGGAAGAGAAAAAAAUUUUAACUGGAAAUGUUAGUUUGUACUUAUUGAUCAUGAAUAUAAGUAUACAUUUAAUUUUAAAAACUUUUUACUUGUUUGUAUUUUUUCAUUAUGAAGACAAAUACUAUAACACACUGACAUACUUUUUUAAAAAUCAUGUUUCUGAUGGCAUGUUUGAUGUUUCAGAGCUGGUGUUCUCUAAGCAACUGAUGUAGAUCAUUGCAUUUAUUUCAAAAAUACAUUGGUAGACUGUGUUACCUUUCAUUUGGAUUUGAGACACUUUGUUACCAUAUGCCAUAUUGCUAGAUAAAAGAGAUUUGAAAUAAAAUGUAUCUAAGUAAUUUCUAACAAAUAUAUUU